AUGCUGCCUCUCAUUCGCACAUUCACGACUCAAUCACCAAUUAAGCACCGACGAAAUGAAACUCGUGCUGACAUUAUCAAUGACAACAAUACAAGAAAAUGUUCAUCUCCAAAUCGUGUCAAAACUGAGUCUAGAAAUCAAGCGUUGUUGACAACCGAAACAGAUCGAAUAGGAGAGCGAUUGCAUGCACUUGAAUGCGAAAAUCAAUUUUUUCGUCAAGAGUUGCAACAUCUUCAAAAUAUAAACUCAAUCAACCAGCAGCAGCGUGACAACGAAAAGCUUUUGACUGAGAGAAUUUCUGAGGAUCUUCAACAAGUCGCCCACUCUUUCAAUACCAAACUUCAAAAUGAUAUCAAUCUUCAGCGCGACAAUGAAAAGAAAGCAGCAUUAUUGUUUGCAGAAAUCGUGCGAAUAGGUCACCGAGUUGAGACGCUGGAUUGUACUUUAAAAAUCUCAGUCGAUAAUAUUCAGCGUAAACUUGAGACUCAAGAGGAGGCAAAAUGUUUAGCAACAACUUAUUCGAAUCAGCAAGUGACGUCGUCUACUCAUGACGCAGAAUUCCAUCGACAGCUCAAAGACAUGCAAGAUGCGAUAGUACAAUUUCGUACAGAGUUCGAUGCGGAUCGUAGGGCAAUAUCGAAGAGUGAUGCUGAGAUAGAUGCGAAAUUGAACGCACAAGUCGAAAGUUUGCACGCAAAGCAAAUGACUGACAAUCGAGAUCUAGUGCGUAAACUAGACGAACUCACGACAGGUUUGGAUUUUCAGCAGAUAUCAUCACAUAUGCGUGAGUUUGCAAACGUGAAUGACAACGUGAUCGCUUUAAAACGAUGGACAUAUAACGAAUUUGGACAGAUCAAGCGAGUCUUUCAAGCUUUGAUCAGUGACAUGGAUGCUCGUUUUCAGUGCGUGCUAGUUGAGCUUGCCAAAGGAGUGAAGAUAAGGUACGCAGCACAGAUGCGACAAGAGGAAGAAUUUAAAUUGAAAAUGCACGAUUUGGAAGAAGCUGUGCGAGAUGUUCUUACCGUUGUACAGGAGAAAGUUUGUAUACUCGAGCAAGUGGUUCCUUUAGAGGCUCAAGCACGACAGAAAUAUGAUGAAAAGCUUCACAGACGGAUGGAAUCAUUGACGAAUACAAUGAAUACCUUGAAAGGGUGUAGAGAAGAGCAAGCGUCAAUUGUCCAACGUAUACAACAGCUUGAUAUAUCCCAUCAUGAUGCACUUGAUAAUCUCACAAUCCAAUACGAGUCGAUGAGGGAAACUGUUCAAAUUUUUAAGGAAGACGUAGACGCCACGCUGAUCAAAUUAUUGACUGCUGUUGAGCAUGAACAUAUCAAAAUGAUGCAGUGGGUAGCUGUACGAGAAACGGCAACCUUGGAGAUGCUUAAAGUGCAGUUGGUCGUUGAAUUGCGGCGUAUUCGAAAUGAGCUCAAGACUUUACAUGCUCGAACAAUGCUGCAUGAAGAAAAGUGCAGUCAAUCUAAACAAAAGACAGACGAGCUUCAGACUUGGAGCACUAAACAUGCACAAGAAUGUCGCUUGCUGUUUAAUUUUUAUGCAGCUCUGUGA